CCGAGUACUUUCGUGUUUUAUACAGCACCGACAAUUUCCUACAGUCAGUAAUAGAUCCAGCGACGAUCUACAAACAGGUGGACGGAAAUGACGUGUACAGUGUAACUAUCGACAAACUAGAUGGGGGACAGCUGUACUUCUUUAAGGGUUGUAGCAUACAACUCGGACGGUAACAUCACAUCACUUGAGUCUUCAGGAUGUAGAGUCCAGGAAGAUACAUGUAGCCCUAACAGCUUGUACGUAACAGGAGUUGUACUGACGUGUAUAAGCGGCCUCAUGAUCACGCUUACGUUUGGACUUGGAAUCUUCAUCACUCGAAAAGGGCGUCUGCCAUUCUGUUCCAGUAAAUGUCAGCAACGCAAGAGCCAGGAAUUCGAUAACGUGCAACUUUCAGGACGAGGAACGAUUACACAAGAAGGCGAAAGAUCGUACCAGGAACUUGAUACAAGCCAGGUAGCCAAAGCCUCUGUAUAUUCUGAAAUAAGAACACAAGAAAUUAGAGGUAACAAUGACAAUGAAGCCAAUCAGAGCAGUAACUACGAGUCAUUGGAAGGACGGUCCAAACCAAACGUCUAUGAGGAGCUACAAACUGCUUCAUCUGGUAGCAGCGCUUUAUACACUAAUACCACCAUAGCGAAGGGCACUGCUCAACAUGACAUAUAAAACGUCACAAGGAAGAUUUAGUUUACUUUCUGGGAAUGUUAACACGUACAAACGAAAAAGAUGUUUUGAGAAGUUAAUGCCAUUUAGUGUCACACAUUUAUUUGUCAGUAUUUAAUACACUAGUUUGAUGUUGUCAGUAUUUGAUACACUAGUUUGAUGUUGUCAUUUUGUGAUUCGUUGCGACCAGGAAACACAUUUCCGCUUAUUUCAGUGUUCCCGGUAUCGUUCGUGUCAAUUGGGAUCUGAAAUGUACAGGAAGAAUGUAAACGAGCCAAAAGCGUGCAACUGAAGUGGGUUCAUAUAUGAUUAAUAUAAAAUGUCCAUGUAUCUAGGUUACCAGCGAAGUACCUUUAAAGUAGAAACGGGAUAAACAUCUAACAUCAUGAAAAUUCAUAUAACUUUUUGCAGAUUUUUUUAUUUUUUAUUUUUCACAUUAUAUGUCAGACCAGAACAGACACAUGCUAUAUAUCGAUAAAGUAUUUCUUUGAAAAAAUAACUAACCAAAACAUAGAAAAGGUCCACAAUAUUUGCAUAUAGAGUUACUGCAGUAGUCUAAAAUUUUGGGUUUGAUGCACUUGAUUUCAUAUAGAAGUUAUCAUUAUGCUGAGUUCUGAUACCUGAUUCACAUCCAAAAGCAUAGUUUGUAUAACAGACUACGGUGAUGUACAAUUCGAGACGUAUUAGAAGGAUUAACUUACAUUUAUAUAUUGUAUGGAAUAUAUUAUAUAUAUAUUUCUUUUAAACUUCAUCAUUCGAACAUAACUUGCUCUCCAACACAGGAUGAUAUUUUCAUAAGAUCUGUUUUCUUAUAUUCAUUUUAUUGUUUAGAGUUUGAUAUCAGAUACUUGUGCUCAACGAUGUUUUUUUUCAAACAUCAACGAAUCUUAAUAAUGUCAUAUUUUUUCUGAUUUCCAAUAGCAUAUAUAAAGUUCAAGUUAAUGGCUUAAAAAUGAUAUAUGUUCAAACCAUAUCACAAUCAUUUCUUUUUACAUAAUCUCACAACUUGCGUCUUUAGCAUAACAAUGUAAAACUUAUAACACCAUACCCUACUCAUCUUGUGAACUUAUCAGACAUCAUAGGAACUUAUUUAGAUAUUUUAGUAUACAGUUUUUGAAAGUCGUAUAAAUGCCAUGUUGUUUAGAGAUAGUAUUUGUUUACUUCAUCUUUAAAGGCUUUAUGUGGCAUAUUGUGUAUAAUGUCUAACAUAACUCGUGAUUAUGACUAAAGAAAGACAACUCCUACGAAACGUUAACCUUAAGGUCACAGGUCAAACAGCUUGUAAACGACAUGUGAUGUUAUUUAUUACUUAAUUUCUAUGGCGAAUACACUUUCAUGUUUCUUUAGUAAAAUGCGUCCUUUUUAAAACUAUGUUGUUGAGUCACCUUCCUAUCAAAGAACCAUUAGUUUGUUGGUGUGGACUAUAUCAAUUAUGUACAAGUGUCAACUUGAAUGAUUUACCUUCUCCCAGUUUUAAAAAACACGUUUUGAUAUAAUAAUUCGUAUGUUUGCUGCACUUUACAUUGUGUUUUUUUUAGUAAAGUGUGUAUCAAUACUUUUUUCCUGUUUGCAAGGUAUAACCUUUAUUAUUUCCAAUAAUUAUGUUCUCGCAGUUUAAAAAAUCGUUUUCGUAUAAUUGUCCUUUUUUGUGCGUCGCUUAUAGUUAGUAGUUUUGUAAAGUAUAAUAUAUGUCAAUAUUAAUUGUUAAGAUUUUUUUUCUAUAAUAGUUUAUCAAAUUUAGAAUUAAGUUUUGAUAUAUUACAGAUUGAUUGUAACUGAGUGUAAAAGUGUUUCCCUUCGGAUUUGUAACCAAUUACUCAUUUGUGUAUUCAUUUAUUUUUAAUUCUAGAAGCUCUGGUAGGCCAUUGUACAUUUGUCUCAAGUGAUAUAAACCUAUUGUUAAGUACAUCUAAUCAAUCAUAGUUAUAUCUGAUUUAGUCACCAGUUACUUUCAAGAAAACAUUAAGUUAGUGGCUCUUGAUUCUUAACUCGUAAAAUAUAUAGCGUGUUAUAGGGACCAACCAACCAAUUGUUUUCCCAUAGGCUUUAGUGUUAACGUUUUGGAGUAUUUCAUUCAAAUUCUUGAAUUCAAUAUGACAAUUAUAG